GGCCGGGCUCUUGGGGACCUGCCGGGCCCAGCGACUCCUGGGCGACACCUUGCAUGGAGGGUGAAACGGCUGAGGCCCGGAGAGGGCAGGCGUGUCUGUGCCGGGAUCAGGACUCAGAUCCUGACGAGGUGGGAACGGGCCCUUCGUUCCCUCACCACAUAAGUGAGUAAAUACCAAAGCGGGCUGGAGACUCUGCCGAACAGCCAGUGUUCGGGUCCCGGCUCAGCCACACGCCCCCUCUGUGACCUUGGGCCAGUGAGUCACCUCUCUGUGCCCCAGCUGCCUCGUCUGGAAAAGACGGACUGUGCGGAUUUAAGGAGCUCGUGGGGGAGCCGCUCAGCCAGUGUCUGACGCCCGUGGUCCCAGCAGUGGGAUCCCACUGGGGUUUGAGAAACCGACCCGCCAAGCACCUCGCACCUCCCGUUUGCAGACAUUGUCACCUGACCCGGGUCUCCCUGUGAGUUAGCUGCCAUCCCAGUUUGCGGGACCUGGAGGCCUGGAGACGGAGCUCGCCCUCCAGGAAGAAGCACACCCCUAAGUGGGACCCCCUCCCGUCGCCGGCCGCCGGGGAGUAGGCUUCUGGAAGGCCAGCUGCUCACAGCGCUGGCGGGGCGUGGGGACCAGGGCUCAGAACCGCUUAGGAGAAGCACACAGGCCCCAGAGAUAGCAACCCCUGCUGGCAACAUCUUUCAACAAAAACCCUCCCUUCCGCUGUGCGUGAAUAUUCCUCCCAGAUCUUUAACGUGAGAAAUUUUAAACCUACAGAAAAUACCCUCUUUCCCCUGAACUGUGUAGGAGUAAAUCAGGCUCAGACUUCCAGGGAGGGGCAUGGCCGGGUUUUCAGCGUCAGGAUGGAGCAUGUGAGAGCCCUCCCAGCAGCCACGGCUCAGAAUCUACGGGAGCCAGAGUGACCCCGCCCCUCAGACGCACAGGGGCGUGGCCUUCUCACCCUAGGUUCAACGAAGGGCCUUGACAAACGGUGGCCCCAGGCUCCGACACUGACACUGCAUGUGAAGUGUCGAUUCUCGGCCCUUACCUGGCACCCACCCCACCCCCACCCCCACCCCCGGACCUGGGUCAUCCAAAGGUGACCUGCCCACACACACCUGGUAGCGCAGAGACUCUGCUCUGUUGUAGUUACACCGGCUGGCAGGCUCCUCCCCGUCCUCCUCGGGUCCCCCGGCGGCUGUCAGGGCCUCUCCCCCCUCACAAAGCCGUUGUUCUUGGAAGGAGCCAUUCGGAUCAUUUGGGAAGACGUCCCUGAGCAACUGAAAGGCAGCUUGGAGGAGGGAGGGGAGGCCCCCGGAGGGGACCGGGAGGGGAGGGGAAGCGUUCGUGAAAUGGGCCAGAUAUUCCCGCCGGCACCAGGCGUGUAGGCUUCAGGUGGGGGUGUUGGCAGACCCAGCCUGCCCAGCGCUCUCGGGGUGCCUGGGACACGCAGUGACAUUAACUCUACGUAGUGACCUGUGCAGAGCUACAUGGAACAUUACUGCAACAACUCCACGGACCGGCGCAUUCUGCUCAUGUUCCUGGACAUCUGCACAGAGCUAAACAGGCUGUGCCAGAAAUUCGAGGCCCUGCACUCUGGCACCCCGGUCACCAACAACCUGCUUGAGAAGUGCAAAUUCCUGGUUAGCCAAAGCAAUGACCUAAGCAGCCUGCGAGUGAAGUACCCUCACGAUGUGGUGAACCACCUCAGCUGUGACGAGGCUAGGAACCACUACGGAGGCAUCGUCAGCCUCAUCCCCAUGGUCCUAGACUUGAUGAAAGAAUGGAUCGCCCACUCGGAGAAGCUGCCCCGCAAAGCUGUGCUGCACGUGAGUGAGCCCCAGGCACGCCAGGAAGCCACCGCAGCAGCCGCUCCGCCUUCCCGGACCAUGAGCACCCAGUCUUGGUUAAGAAAACACCAACUUAGGCAACUUACAAAAGACAGCCCCAAACCAAGGGGGAAAGACAAAGGAUGUCCAAAACCUCCCUGGAGACCACCUGGCGGGAAGCUGUAACUCAGAGCUGGCGCCCUGCUGAGCCCCGUGUGGUGGUGGGGGUGGGGGGGGGGGGGGUUGCCGACUCUUCACUUGGGCUCCGGUCAUGGCAACUGAUGAACCCCAAAGGGGACUGCCCAAUAUACCACUGAGAACCUGU